CAGUAGGGGAAACAAUUAAAUUCAGCAACAACUUUUCAAAAAUAGUAAUUUCUGAAAAAGGCAAUAAAGAGUUCCAAGUUUCUCUAACAGAUGAAAAGGAAUUGGUUCAACUUAGCAAUUCCUAUGACUCUUUAAUUAAUCUUAUUCAAGAAAAUGAAGAAGUUAACAAUAUUCUAGGCUUGAAAACUAGACGACUCAGGGAUGGGAAGGCGAAACUGUUUGAUAAAAAAUAUGAAAUCUUUGAUAUUCUCAUUAACGAUGGCGAACAGUUUGAUAAACUUAAACUUAACAAAGAGCGCGAAGGUCUUAUUAUUCUAGAACAGCAAACUCGCAUUCAAAUCCAGAAAUUAGAAAAUCAUUUAAAAGAACUGAUUGGUUUUGCCAAAGACAAACUAAGAAGUAAAAAAUGGUCUGCCGAGGAAAGGGAAAAAAGGGGCAAGGAACGAGAAAUCCUUCUCCAAAAGUUUUUGCAUGAUCAAGAAGGAGCUCUAACUACUUCCGAAAAGGAAUUGCUUGAAAGGAAAUUAACUAAAAAAGAGUUAGAAAGCCUUUGUCAAGUUCAAAAAGAAUUGACUAAAGCACAAAAAGAAUUAGAUGACUUAUUAAAAAAGGAACAACUAUACCAAGCCCAAGUCGGAGUUUCUCCCAAAUAA